AGGGAGCGGCCCUCGAUGGACAUAGGAAAUUCUUCCAAGAGCCCUCUUAAUUGUCAAAGGAAUUAGCAGGGACCUUAAGUCUUCGAGAUAAAAUGGGGGUUCGUCCCCUCCUCGGGCACCCCUCCUCUGUCCUUAGGAACCGGAGGCUCACUGUCCUUUGGAAGCCCUGAAUCCCUUCCCUGUUUCAAGAGGUCGGCGGAGGAACCGGAGGUUAUUGGAUAGGCAGAAGAAUUUAGAAGGCUUCUUAAAGUGUCUCUCAGUUUGGAGGCUUUCCUUUCCUUUUUUCCCAUCCCGAGGUAGAUAUGCCUCGGUCCAGAGAAUUCCUGCUCAUUGGGUAGACAGGAAAUGAAGCAGGUUGGAGAGAAAUCCAGGUACUCAGUUGACUGGUACUUUCUGCCACCAUGGGGGAGCUUUUCCGGAGUGAAGAAAUGACACUGGCCCAGCUUUUUCUACAGUCAGAAGCUGCUUAUUGUUGCGUCAGUGAAUUAGGAGAACUCGGAAAGGUUCAGUUUCGUGAUUUAAAUCCAGAUGUGAAUGUUUUCCAAAGGAAAUUUGUGAAUGAAGUUAGAAGAUGUGAAGAAAUGGAUCGAAAGCUUCGAUUUGUUGAGAAAGAGAUAAGAAAAGCUAACAUUCCAAUUAUGGACACCGGUGAAAACCCAGAGGUUCCCUUCCCCCGGGACAUGAUUGACUUAGAGGCCAAUUUUGAGAAGAUUGAAAAUGAACUGAAGGAAAUCAACACCAACCAGGAAGCUCUGAAGAGAAACUUCCUGGAACUGACUGAAUUAAAAUUUAUACUGCGCAAAACUCAGCAAUUUUUUGAUGAGGCUGAAUUGCAUCAUCAGCAGAUGGCGGAUCCAGACCUGUUGGAAGAGUCCUCAUCCCUCUUGGAGCCAAGUGAGAUGGGAAGAGGCACGCCUUUAAGACUUGGCUUCGUGGCUGGUGUCAUUAACCGGGAGCGCAUCCCUACUUUUGAGCGCAUGCUUUGGAGAGUGUGCCGGGGAAAUGUGUUCCUGCGACAGGCUGAAAUCGAGAACCCCCUGGAGGAUCCUGUGACUGGUGACUACGUGCACAAGUCUGUGUUUAUCAUUUUCUUCCAAGGCGAUCAGCUGAAAAACAGAGUCAAGAAAAUCUGUGAAGGGUUCCGAGCCUCACUCUAUCCCUGUCCUGAGACACCACAGGAGAGGAAGGAAAUGGCUUCUGGAGUGAAUACCAGGAUUGAUGAUCUCCAAAUGGUUCUGAAUCAAACGGAGGAUCACCGCCAGAGGGUUCUGCAGGCGGCUGCUAAGAACAUCCGUGUCUGGUUCAUCAAAGUGCGGAAGAUGAAGGCCAUUUACCAUACCCUGAACCUGUGCAACAUAGAUGUGACUCAGAAAUGCUUGAUUGCAGAGGUCUGGUGCCCUGUCACCGACCUUGACUCCAUCCAGUUUGCACUCAGAAGGGGCACGGAACACAGUGGUUCCACUGUACCUUCCAUUCUGAACAGGAUGCAGACGAACCAGACUCCCCCAACCUAUAACAAAACCAACAAGUUUACCUAUGGCUUUCAGAACAUAGUAGAUGCUUAUGGAAUUGGAACUUACCGAGAGAUAAAUCCAGCUCCAUAUACGAUUAUCACUUUCCCUUUUCUAUUUGCUGUGAUGUUUGGAGACUUUGGUCAUGGCAUUUUAAUGACCCUUUUUGCUGUGUGGAUGGUAUUGAGGGAGAGCCGGAUCCUUUCCCAGAAGAAUGAGAAUGAGAUGUUUAGCACUGUGUUCAGUGGUCGAUACAUUAUUCUGUUGAUGGGUGUGUUCUCCAUGUACACUGGCCUCAUCUACAAUGAUUGCUUUUCCAAGUCUCUUAAUAUCUUUGGGUCAUCCUGGAGUGUACGGCCGAUGUUUACUUAUAAUUGGACGGAAGAGACACUUCGAGGGAACCCUGUUCUACAGCUGAACCCAGCCCUCCCUGGAGUGUUUGGUGGACCAUACCCUUUUGGCAUUGAUCCAAUUUGGAACAUUGCUACCAAUAAACUGACCUUCUUGAACUCUUUUAAGAUGAAGAUGUCUGUUAUCCUUGGUAUCAUCCAUAUGCUGUUUGGAGUCAGCCUGAGCCUAUUCAACCACAUCUAUUUCAAGAAGCCCCUGAAUAUCUACUUUGGAUUUAUUCCUGAAAUAAUCUUCAUGACUUCUUUAUUUGGCUAUUUGGUUAUCCUUAUUUUUUAUAAGUGGACGGCCUAUGAUGCUCAUACAUCUGAGAAUGCACCAAGCCUUCUGAUUCAUUUCAUAAACAUGUUCCUCUUUUCCUACCCAGAGUCUGGUUAUUCAAUGUUGUAUUCUGGACAGAAAGGAAUUCAGUGUUUCCUGGUAGUGGUUGCCCUACUGUGUGUACCUUGGAUGCUGCUGUUUAAACCACUGGUCCUUCGCCGUCAAUAUUUGAGAAGGAAGCAUUUGGAAGGGCAACCUGUGGAGGCCCCAGUCAGCCCAACCCCGAGCCAACAGGGACUAGAGGCAGCAGCGGCUGCAACAGGAACUCUCAACUUUGGUGGGAUCAGGGUGGGCAACGGACCAACAGAGGAGGAUGCUGAGAUUAUUCAGCAUGACCAGCUCUCCACCCACUCAGAGGACGCAGAUGAGCCUACCGAGGACGAAGUGUUUGACUUUGGGGACACCAUGGUCCACCAGGCCAUCCAUACCAUCGAGUACUGCCUGGGCUGCAUCUCCAACACCGCCUCCUACCUGCGGCUCUGGGCCCUCAGCCUCGCUCACGCGCAGCUGUCUGAGGUGCUCUGGACCAUGGUGAUCCACAUCGGCCUGAGCGUGAAGAGCUUGGCGGGAGGUUUGGCGCUGUUCUUCAUCUUCGCCGCCUUUGCCACCCUGACUGUGGCCAUCCUCCUGAUCAUGGAGGGCCUCUCGGCCUUUCUCCAUGCACUGCGCUUACACUGGGUUGAGUUCCAGAAUAAAUUCUACAGUGGGACCGGUUUCAAGUUCCUACCCUUCUCCUUCGAGCAUAUUCGGGAAGGGAAGUUUGAAGAGUGAGCCCCUGUGAGGGCCAUGUGCCCCACACUGCCCACCCUGCCUCCCCCCACAGUGAGCUCCUCUGCCCGUUGCUUGUGAUCCGCAGGCACCAGGACAUUGGUAUCACCCCAUCUGUGAGUCAUUUAGAUAGAGGAGUCCUCCCUGGGUCUCCAGCACCCCCAGAUUUGUGUGUAGUGCAGCGGUUUGCUGGCUGUCACUCGUACCCACUGGGCACCAGCCUUGCCCUCUUAGCUUCCACCCAGCCAGAGAGCCCCUCCCGCCUCCUGGUGGUGAGUGUCUGUGCAUUCCCAUGCAAUCCUGAAGCCCUUUCAUCUGAGUAUGUGGAUGGAAACAGCACCCAUGCCAUUCACAUCUAGACUUUGAGUUCCCUGCACCUGCAACAGUAGUUUCUAGCAGGAGUAGUGCAGGGAGCAAUACAGGUUCUCCCCUAGAAGGGGACACUGGUAACACAUCCCUCUCGUGGGUUAGCAGGGGUGGGUCCAGGAAGAUGAUAUUUAUGUCCUUUGCCCAACCCGCUCUAGUGCUUGUUUAUCAGGCAUUCAGCUGGACCCAAAUGGGCCAUCAAGAGUGGCUUCUUCCUGUCAUCCCCAGGUCCACACCAUCUUCCUGACCCCACCCUGCACUCCCACCCUCUCCUCUCUGCUGCAGUAUAUGGCACAGCCAGGAGUGCCUGGAGCAGAGGCUGUCUGCUUUGCAGUGCACAGGGCUUCCCUCCCCCGGGCUGGCUUCUUCCCAGGCCUUGCAGGGUCCCUGCCCACAGGCACAGCCUUGAGCAGAGGGUGCAGGCUCUUCCUGGUGGAGAACCUGAGACCUUCCCCACCCCCAAUCAUCAUGUCUCCAGUAUGGGACUGGGGUCCUCUCAGUUCUGCCUGCAGUCUGCCUGCCUCUGUGUCCCAGUGUCCCUCCUCACCUCCACACUGGCCCCAGGUCUCAGGAGGGGUGUCCUGGGCAGGGAAGGUUAGUGUCACUGAUGGUUAGCUGAUUGGAAGCCAUUGGCAGGGCUGCCGUGCAUGUGGCUGUGAGGGCUGCAGAGCCCAGCCGAGGGGCCUCCUCCCUGUCACCCCAAACCUUCUAAUCAUGCGCUGGCAUGGCAGCCCUGGCUGCCCUGGCUAAGUUAAUCCCCACCGCUUUCAGUGGUAGAAAGAAUUCCCUGAGUGGGCCCAGCCAGUGCCCUCCUCCCACCCUGGCUUUUCUGAGUGUGCUACCUGGAGUCCUGGCCUCUCUCCCAGGCUUGGCUGCCCCAGCUUCACUGAAUGCUGGCCCACCAUGACCUGGCCUGACCUUGUGCCGCCCCCUACCCUCGUAUUAUCCCGGGUUUUCAUGGUGAUCUUUACUCUGUUUCAAGUGGGGUUUGAAGCAGAGUUCAGGGAACUCUGCCCAAAGCCCUCCUAUUGAGACAUUUCCUGUGUUGAAUAAAAUGUGUUUGACUCCCCCAGA